GAAUUUUGAUUCCCUGUUGAAAUUAAAUUCCAAAACGUUAUUAUCUAUAUAUAUAUAGAGAGAGUGUCAACAGAAUAGAUAUUUUUGCAUCGCCUCCCAUUUUUCAAUAGCCCAUAAUAGCUCCAUCUGCGAAUUAGGGUUUUUGAGGGCGUUUACAUCUUCAGCGACUCUAGGGUUUCGUUAUUGGUUUUGAUUUCAAGGAUUAGUAAAAAACAAUCAGUUAUAGAUUUCUGUGGUUGAUGUUGACGAAAAUUGUGGAAUUUGAAUCGAAAUUUUGGUGUUGAAAGAGAAGUCUUUUGGCAUAUUAGGGUUUUGAACGCUUUUUGUAAGCGGUCGAGCUGAAUUUGUUUGGAAUUCUGGACACAGUGUGAAUUGAGUUUGAGUAUGCGAUCUUCAUGGGCUGAUUCAGUUGCUGCAGCUGAGAACGCUGCUGCUGGCUCUUCUGCUAAUAAUGUGAGUGGUGAAACCACCAAGGCUCCUGCCCGAUCAACAUAUGUUCCUCCGCAUCUCCGCAAUCGGCCACCCUCAGCCUCAGCACCCUCAGCGGACCCGCCAGCUCCAGCUAACAGUGGCUCAACUUCUGGAAAUGAUCGAUCUGGGUAUGGUGCUCCGUCAGGCGGGAGUCGUUGGGAUGGUCCACGGAGUGACUAUAAUCGACCGGGGUUCAGUAGUGGUGGACGUGGUGGUGGCUGGAACAGCAGAAGUGGUGGUCGGGACCGUGGGAGGGAGAGGGAAGUUAACCCUUUUGGUGAUGAAGAUGCUACAGAGGAAGUGUUUAGUGAACAGGAGAACUCUGGAAUCAACUUUGAUGCCUAUGAAGAUAUUCCAGUGGAGACAAGUGGGGAUAACGUCCCACCUCCUGUCAAUACUUUUGCGGAGAUCGACUUGGGCGAAGCACUAAAUCUAAAUAUUCAGAGGUGCAAGUAUGUGAAGCCAACACCUGUGCAGCGGCAUGCCAUACCAAUCUCUCUUGGAGGCCGGGAUCUGAUGGCAUGUGCCCAGACUGGUUCUGGGAAGACGGCUGCUUUCUGCUUCCCAAUUAUCAGUGGAAUUAUGAAGGGACAGUUUGCACAAGGACCACCCCAUGGGAGACGUAUGGCGUACCCACUUGCCCUUAUUCUCUCUCCAACAAGGGAGCUAUCAUGCCAGAUUCAUGAUGAGGCUAGGAAAUUUUCAUAUCAAACUGGCGUUAGGGUGGUUGUUGCUUAUGGUGGAGCACCUAUUAAUCAACAGCUCCGUGAUCUGGAGAGAGGGGUUGAUAUACUUGUGGCAACACCUGGACGAUUGGUGGAUUUACUGGAGAGGGCUAGAGUUUCAUUACAGAUGAUCAGAUAUUUAGCUCUAGAUGAGGCAGAUCGAAUGCUGGAUAUGGGUUUUGAACCUCAAAUAAGGAAAAUUGUGCAGCAAAUGGACAUGCCUCAUCCAGGUGCAAGACAGACAAUGCUGUUUAGCGCCACUUUUCCAAAAGAGAUACAGAAAUUGGCUUCUGAUUUUCUUUCAAAUUACAUAUUUCUGGCUGUUGGAAGAGUUGGUUCAAGUACUGAUUUGAUCGUCCAAAGAGUUGAAUUUGUUCAUGAGUCUGACAAGAGAAGCCACCUCAUGGACCUUCUUCAUGCACAGAGGGCAAAUGGUGUUCAUGGCAAGCAAGCUCUGACUCUGGUUUUUGUGGAGACAAAGAGGGGAGCCGAUUCACUGGAACAUUGGUUGUGUAUGAAUGGUUUUCCUGCUACUACUAUUCAUGGUGAUAGAUCACAGCAGGAAAGAGAACAGGCACUGAGAUCCUUUAAAAGUGGUAACACUCCAAUUUUGGUUGCAACAGACGUGGCAGCACGUGGUCUUGAUAUCCCCCAUGUUGGACACGUGGUCAACUUUGACCUUCCAAAUGACAUUGAUGAUUAUGUUCACCGUAUAGGACGGACAGGCCGAGCUGGGAAAUCUGGGUUAGCUACUGCCUUCUUUAAUGAGAACAAUUCCUCAAUGGCCAGGGCAUUAUCUGAGUUGAUGCUAGAAUCAAAUCAAGAAGUACCUGCUUGGCUCUCCCGUUUUGCAGCUCGAUCUUCGUUCAGUGGUGGGAAGAAUCGUCGUGGGGGAGGUCGGUUUGGUGGUCGUGAUUUUCGAAGGGACUCCUCUUUCAGUAGGGGUGGUGCAGAUUACUACAGCGGGGGCAACAACAGCGGUGGGUAUGGGGGAGGAUAUGGUGCCGGGGUUACAAGUGCAUGGGACUAGCGUAUUUACAUCAAUUUUUCUCUUUUAAAAUAAUGGUUCUUGGUUAAUGAUAUUAAACUUCUCACUUAUUUUAUAGAUCAACUUUUUGCCUUCUUUUUUCCCCAUUGUUCUGGUAGAAUUUGAAGUCUUAUGUUCUGUACUCUUAAUUUUAACUGUUACAGAGUGGGGGUUGUAUGUUUGGCAUUGGGACUGUGAAGAUAGAGGUUCAUAGUUUUGACAAUAUGGUAGUGAAUAACUACUAGCAGAGUAGGGGUUGCUCAUGUAAUCUUUUACACUUCAAUUUUUUAUGGUGAUGAGUUGUGGAACA